GCUUCCUCUAUAGAGAGAAAUAAAAGUUCUGCUCUCAAACUUCUCCAUCCGGACAAUGGCUGUUGCCCUUUUCUUAGUUUUUUCGCUUGUAUUUUAUCCAGUGCCCUCGACGGAACCUGAACCCAUCUGUUCUGAGAUUAUCGUCAAUAAAAGUUACAGCUGUGAGGAUAGAGGACUGCAGGAGGUGCCCCACAUGAUACCCAGCAGCACAGAGAGUCUAGAUUUCAGCUUUAACUCAUUGUCCGCCCUUUAUUACUGGGUCUUCAGCCAUUUAGAAAACUUGGAAUAUUUAGAUUUAUCACGGUGCGGCAUUAACUGGAUAUACAAUGACGCCUUUGGGAACAAUGCAAGGCUUAAUACACUUAUACUUACUGGAAAUCCUAUAUUGUACAUAGCAGACACUGCAUUCCAGGGAGCACGCGCCAUCCAGCAUUUAUAUUUACAGGAAACCUCUAUAGUGGACAUAUCAUUCCUUCCCUUAAAAAGUUUUAAAAAUCUGGUGACUCUGAAUUUGGAAAGUAAUUUCAUCUCCUCUAUAGGAUUUCCCAAAGACGUUACCUUAGACAACCUGUCGUUGGUAAACUUUGGAUUAAACCAAAUAAAAACAAUAUCUGUGCAGGAUUCUGAAUUCCUUCAGCAAUUCAAAAAUCUGACAUUAAUUCUGAAAGGAAACAAUAUUAAAUACAUUGAGCCCAAUGCAUUCAACAGUAGUGACUUCUAUCUACUAGAUCUCAAUGGCUGCACCUGGAAUACUAAGAUAACAUCUCUUUUAAAUGGACUUAAUGGAUUAACCACACACACCCUCAGAAUUGGCGCAUUUGGUGACAUUAAUACAGAUUUUAGCAUACUCCCAGGAAAUCUGAAUGGACUGUGUAAUAUUUCCGUGAAGGAGCUCGGUCUACAGUACAGGCAUGUAUUUGAAGAGUCAAGUGAAACAUUCUCCUGUUUGACCAAUAUUAGAAAACUAGAUCUGACAUUCAUGAACCUUAAUUCUCUUCCACUAUUGGGCCAACCCAACAUCAUAAAGGAACUCACUCUUAGUAAAAAUCAAUUUCCCAGUCUUUGUAGUAUAAGCUCAGCCAGUUAUUCAUUGGUUACUCAUCUACACAUAGUUGGAAAUCUAGACACAUGGGAUUUGGGGGUCAAAUGCUUAGAGAGUUUAUCAAAUCUGCAAUAUUUGGACCUAAGUCACAAUGACUUUCACACGGCAAAAUGUUGUAGGGCCCAGUUCAGUGGGCUCCACAGCCUCUCUCACCUUAAUCUCAGUUACGGAGCACCACUCCCAUUAGACAACCCGGCAUUUACUGAGAACAAGCAGCUGGAAAUUCUAGAUUUCACUCAUGUCCAUUUGAUAGUUGAGCCAUCAUCAAGUCCUUUCAGUAACUUAGCUCAUCUGAGGACCCUGAAUUUGUCUUAUAGCAAAGUAAAUAGUGACUAUUUGCAGCUUUUUGAUGGCCUAACAAACCUGGUUUUCUUAAACAUGGAUGGUAAUUUAUUUCCUAACAAGACUCUCAAAGAAGAAAAUUUGUUUUCCAAGGUUAUACAGCUGGAAAGCCUUAUACUGUCUAACUGCAACUUAGAAGUAAUAGAGGCACACGUCUUCCAGAAGCUGGAGAAGUUGACAUCUAUUGACCUUAGUCAUAACAGUCUAACUGCAUUUGCUACAGAUGCUUUUGCAGACCUAAAAAACAUUUCCUUAAAUUUUGCCUUUAACAAGAUCUUGACUAUUCCUAUUGAAAUGGUGCGGAAUAUAUCAGAGGCAACCACCAUCAAUUUGAGCUACAAUCCCAUUGACUGUUCAUGCUCCAACAUAGAAUUUCUAACCUGGUACAAGCAGCACGAGCAGAUCUUUCUAGAUAAGAAAUAUACCAGGUGUGGAUCGCCACCAUCACUGGCUGGUACAGAGUUGUCUAAAGUAGCAAUAACUUGUGGAUUUUCUCUAAUGUAUAUCAUAUUGAUUGUCAUAAUUCCAUUGAUCUGCAUAAUCCUUAUAAUCAUUUUUGCAAAGUUUUACAGGAGAAGGAUUUAUGCUACCAUAUAGAAAGCAUAUUAAUUCCUUCAUCCGGACAUCACAAUUCUUGAUUAUUAUGUCUUUUAUUGUUACUUACUAUUUACAUUUUUGGAUUCUUUUUUUUUUUUACUCUUCUUUCUCAAAGGAAAUCUGUCAUCAGUGUCACCAGCACUAACCUCUUGGUACAGGCAGGUAAUGCGGGUGGCACUGAUGAUAACCAUACGUGCUCUCGCUAUCUUCCUCCAUUGUUUUCGUUCCGGUGCUGGCUUGGGGCAUGGGUGGAGCUUCCUGACAUCACCGCUGCUGCCUCUCUCCUGGGCCCUGCUGCUAGCAAACAACAGUGGUGACAUCAGGAAGCUCCGCCUAUAAAACAAAAGCACUGGCAGCAAGCACUUAUACACUUAUUUCAACCUCUGGAUAGGAUGCUGAGCAUGUGCACUUAACUUCUCCAGUCGAUCAUGGCGAGGUCUGUGGAACCUGUCCUGUGAAACACCUGCAUGAUCUUGCCCACCAUGCUGCAGCUCAGUAUCAGGGUCUUGGAAAUCUUUUUAUAGCCUUGGUCAACUUAAUGUAGAGCAACAAUUUUUUUUUUCAGAUCCUCAGAUAGUUCCUUGCCAUGAAGUGUCAUGUUGAACUUACAGUGACCAGUAUUAGAGAGUGUGAGAGUGAUAAGUGAAAUUUAAGACCCCUGAGACUUUGUAACAAUAAUGAGUCACAUGACAUCGGAGAGGAAAAAAUGAAAAUUGUAGCCCAAGUUGGACAUUUCCACUUUGUUGCCAAAGUUUAGACAGUUAUUUUGAGGGGACACAACAUUAAACACUGUUAUACAGGCUGUGCACUCACUA